GUCUGAAUGAUGGCAGAACUUCAUAAACGUCGACAUGAGCGCGGCGACAGAAACUUGUCUCCCGCAGGAGCAUCCUCUCAGACCGAAAGAGCCACAUCCGGCGACAGCCCCGCGGCAGCGCUCAGACUUUUAGCUGCGGGAUUUUACGGAGUCAGUUCAUUCCUCAUCGUAGUUGUCAACAAAAGCGUCCUCACCAACUACAGAUUUCCAUCGUCAACAUGUGUCGGAAUCGGCCAAAUGCUGGCAACCAUCGUCGUUCUGAGGACCGGGAAGAUGUUGGGCGUGAUCUCGUUUCCAGAUGUGGAUCUGAGUAUACCACGCAAGAUGUUCCCACUGCCUCUGCUGUACGUCGGGAAUCAAAUAUCAGGGCUGUUUGGGACACAACGACUCAAUUUGCCCAUGUUUACAGUCCUGAGGCGGUUCGGUAUUUUUAUCACCAUGGUGUUCGAGGGAUUCUUGCUGAAAAAGUCUUCCACUACGUCGGUUAAAAUCACGGUGUUCACCAUGAUCCUUGGCGCCUUUAUUGCAGCCAGCGCUGAUUUAGCUUUUGACCUUGAGGGCUACGUAUUCAUAAUGCUGAAUAAUGUCCUGACAGCGGCCAGCGGGGCGUACGUGAAGCAGAAACUGGAUUCCAAGGAGCUGGGCAAAUAUGGCCUCCUCUACUACAACGCUCUAAUCAUGAUUUUCCCCACCAUGGCAUAUGCUUACUACUCAGGGGACUUACAAAUGGCACUGCAGUAUAAUGGAUGGUCUGAUCAGCUGUUUGUUGUGCAGUUUCUGCUCUCCUGUGUCAUGGGCUUCAUCUUAAUGUACUCCAUCAUGCUGUCCACACAGUACAACUCGGCACUCACCACCGCCAUCGUGGGCUGUAUUAAGAACAUCCUCGUGACCUACAUUGGAAUGGUGUUCGGUGGAGACUACAUAUUUACCUGGACUAACUUCAUAGGCCUGAACAUCAGCAUUGCUGGGAGCCUGGUGUACUCCUAUAUCACCUUCACACAGGAGCAAACAAAAAAGGCGUAAACCACAGAGUCCCGACCCGGCACUGAAGAACUGCGCACAUCCACAUUUCAUGUUGUGUGUCCUGUAUGUGGAGACAUGUUUUUAAACCAUGCUGUAAAAACAUGUUUUUGUUUUUUGUCAGAUAUUUUUGCUGCAAUCAUUAAGUGUUUUCUGAAACACUAUGUACAACUUUCAAAUCUAUAAUUACGACAAAGUGCCUUAAUUGUUAUAUUUGAUAAAUCAAUAAAAGUAAAGUAC